AUGUUACUGGAAAAGAAAGCAGUCACAGAUAAGGGAACAACUGAUCAAACAACCCCGUUGUUUAUUGCUUGCCAGAAAAAUCAUGUUGAAAUAGUAAAGCUCUUACUGGACAACAAGGCAGACAUUAAUAAGUACACAGAUGAGGGAAUAUCUCCACUAUUUAUUGCGUGUAAGAAUAAUCACACAGACGUUGUGAACCUGUUACUGAACAAAAAGGCAGACAUUGAUUCAUGUAAUUUGUGUGGUGUAUCCCCUUUAGCUGUAGCUUGCUAUGAAGGUCAUAUAGAUAUUGUUAAAAUAUUACUUGAAAAAGGCGCUGAUUACACAACGAAAGCUAUUAAAGAUAAAAAUGAGGGGGAAGUAUUCCUGUUAUCGUCCGAACAAAUAGCUAGCGGAUAUGGUCAUCCUGAUAUAGCAGCUUUAAUUUCUAAACAUUCUAAGCAGAAGAAAAACAAAGCAAGACACUGGUAUUACUGGAUCUUAUUUACUGUUAGAAUUGUCAAAAUAUUCAUGGAUCAUACUAUAAGUAAUGUAUGA